AGGGGCUUGUUCUGCCAUUUGCCCGCUCCGGGGAUUUUCGUCGCUCGAGACCGCGGAUGGACAGCCCAACGGUCGAGCGCGUGGCCACGCUGCCGUUACUGGCGAAGCUCGCGGCAGAGGAGUGCCCCCGGUUCAUUCACAGAGUAAUUGAUGGUAUUUGUGGACGUGCACUUCCUCGAUUCCGGGAUUAUGGAAAUAUUUGGAGUCUGAUAGAAUGGAUGGAGGUCCUAGAGGAAGCCUCGACAUUUGUGAAACAUGCCAGUGGAAAGCAUUUACCAGAUGAAGAGAUUCUUCAGCUGUUGGAUGGAUUGAGUGCACCUCAUCAAGAAGCAGUACUUAACUGUUUAAAAGCAAGAAAGGAUGAGCUGCAGUCAGCCUUAAUUGAGAAAACAAAUGCUGUGUCAUCUGCUUAUCUACAGGAUUUUGAUUGGCAGCUGAAGUUGCCUCUAUCAAGUGAUAAGAUUGCCUUUCUUCAAAUGCCACUGCUAAAUCUUGACCUUGAUGUGAAAGAAAAUGGAGUGGUGAAGCCAGUUUCCAUUGAAAUGGAUAAAGAAGAAUUACAAACCCUCAUUCACUCUCUGGAAGCGGCAAACAAGGUUGUUCUACAAAUAAAAUAACUGGAGAUAAUCGGUGGCCUAUAUUUCUGUAACAUUUCCAAAGGGAAACUGAGAACUACUUAAAACCUUUGAGCUGAUACUGAAGCAAAGAGAGUAAUUACAUCAUCAGAAAUUUGUGAAUAAAUGAAGUUAAGCCUGAAGCACAGCAGAAACUUCAAACUACUUUUAAAGUGUUUGAUUAACUUCUGACACUCAACAGAGCUAAGGCUGUUGGACUUGCACAGUAUUUGCUUUAAUGACUAGCACCAGUAUUUGAAAUGCACAGCAGUGAAUUUUUUAUUUUGUUUUCUGAGUAAUGAUCUGCAGCUUCUUUACAUAUUUAUUAUUUGACUUGUGAGAGCUUUACCCAAGGAAUUUUUUUAAAUUUCAAUGGAUAUGAUCCCCCUCAUGAUUGUUGAUGUGAAUUCUCCAGCUCCAUUUUCUGGAUAGGAAGAAACAAUUGCAAUUACUGGUUCAUCUGUAACCUUUUAAUGCAUUGCCUAGUAACUUAAUUUAAGUUUGCACAGUUCUGUCAACUAUUUGUGAAUUGAUUACCUUUUGAGAAAAGGAUGGAUAUAUCAACAAGAAAAUCAUUUAGCAGUUCUCUGUACACUUUUUGUAAAGUGCUUUUUACUUUCUCAAUUACAUUUUUAUAUCUAAUUGUUUCCUGGAUAUUGCCAGAUGACUUGUAUUCCUUCCCCUGAAUAUGAUGUUGUAAUUGUGUGUUAUUGUAGUUGUAGACUUCAAAGCAACACUAAUAUCACUGCUGCAGGUAAUGCAAAUCACCCCAGUCUGAAAAAUUGUGGCCUGCUAGUGGGCUUAGACCAUUAGCAAGGUUGUUUUGAAGAAAGUGGAAAUUUAUGAAGUCCACGGUACAAAGAUAUGUUUAAAAACCUACUAAUUCAAACCUUCCAACAUUCCCCCCGUAGCUUUUUUGUUAACUUACUUGCUUGAAGGGUUUCACUUUGGUGAUAUGCCUCUGCUGUAGCAGUUACUGGUUUCCAUGUUCAUUUUGCCAAAGGAUUCUAAUGCUCCAACUUAUUGAACUGCUAUGGUACAAGAAUUCCUGUGUUUAUUUGUUUAGUUCAUGAAUUUUUGCCGAAUUUGAACUACUGAAAACAUUUAUACAUGUUUCAGUUCAUUCAAGGAUGUGUAAUUAAAAGAAGCGGGGCCAUAAAAUGUAAAUUGGAGAGCUCGCUAAUUAAUCUUGUGGAAUCAGAAUAUUUGGAGAAUGUUGUUCUAUAAUGUUCACAUUGAAAAUUGUCUAUAAUAAAAGCACAGACGUAUGAACAAAAUUCUAGUGUUUUAAAUCAAAA